ACGGCGUGGGCGACAAUGGCAGGAGCGGCACGCGCAACGGUGAGGAGCGGGUGUCUAGUGUGGAUCUCACGGCUACUGAGGGGUGCCCAGCAGCGAGCAGGGGCGGCACCCAUCCGCUGGCAACAUGCGUCCGGCAAGGUGCCGCUCAGCACCGUCACACUCAUCCCGGGCGACGGCAUCGGCCCCGAGAUCUCCGCCGCCGUCGUAAAGAUCUUCGACGCCGCCAGGGCGCCGAUCCAGUGGGAGGAGCGCAACGUCACGGCCAUCCUCAGCUCGUCGGGCAAGUGGGUCAUCCCCCCGGAGGCCAAGGAGUCGAUGGAUCGCAACAAGAUGGGUUUGAAGGGGCCCCUGAAGACGCCGGUGGCCGCGGGCCACCCGUCCAUGAACCUGCUGCUGCGCAAGACCUUCGACCUGUACGCCAACGUGCGCCCGUGCGUGUCCAUUGAGGGCUUCCGCACGCCGUACAACGACGUGGACCUGGUGACGAUCCGCGAGAACACGGAGGGCGAGUACAGCGGCAUCGAGCACGUGAUCGUGGACGGCGUCGUGCAGAGCAUCAAACUGAUCACGGAGCAGGCGAGCCGGCGCGUGGCGGAGUUCGCGUUUGAGUACGCGCGUAGCAACAAGCGCCACACCGUCACCGCCGUUCACAAGGCCAACAUCAUGCGUUUGUCGGACGGCCUCUUCCUGAAGAAGUGCCGCGAGGUCGCCGAGACCUUCAAGGACAUCAAGUUCACGGAGAUGUACCUGGACACUGUGUGUCUCAACAUGGUGCAGGACCCCACGCACUUCGACGUGCUGGUCAUGCCCAACCUGUACGGGGACAUCCUGAGUGACCUGUGCGCGGGUCUCAUCGGGGGCCUCGGGGUCACUCCCAGCGGCAACAUCGGCACCAACGGCGUUGCCAUCUUCGAGUCGGUGCACGGCACGGCACCCGACAUCGCCGGCAAGGACCUGGCGAACCCCACGGCGCUGCUGCUGAGCGCCGUGAUGAUGCUGCGCCACAUGGGCCACACGGGCUACGCGCAGCGCAUCGAGGCGGCCUGCUACGGCACCAUCAAGGACGGCAAGGUGCUCACGGGAGACCUGGGAGGGAAGGCCAAGUGUUCCGAGUUCACGGCCCGAGAUCUGCAGCCGCGUCAAGGACAUGGAAGUAACGUCGGCCUCGCCGCCGCUGCCGCCGCCACGUUCCCACCGCGCGUGGAGGGCCCCGAGUUUCCUGCAUGCCCCAUGGUUACUGACAAGGCCGGCCGGCCGGCCGGCCGCCGCCACCAAAGCUGAGGAGGAGGAGAGCUGGCCUGGGCUGUGCCGGCGGUGGUCCAGGGUUGUACCGGUGGUUGCCGAUCGUCUACUACUCUUUGCAUUUCCGGCAAUUGUUUAUUUUCGCGCACACACGUACACACACGUGCAUGCACAUGCACACACAU